AUGAUCCUCGGCUUCGUGAUGUGUUGCCUCGCGAGCGGUAUAGGCGAGCCGGCGAAGCUCGUGGGCGGGCCGCCCGCGGCCGACCUCGACGUCGAGCUCGCGAUCCCGGCGGAAUACCGGGCGGCGACGACGCCGAAGCAUUGGCGACGACCCGACGCCCGCGCCGGCACGCCGCCGUACUACGUGUCGCCGAUCGCUGAUGUGCCGCGAACCGAGGUGUAG